AUGGAUACAACUGGUGCCGCUUCCUUGCGAAACUGCCGCCGCCAUCGCCUAAGGCGCAGAACGUCUUUGGAGAUGAAGUGCCAGGCAACGUCAGGGCAAGGAAAGAGGAUACUUCUCUCCACUGCGAGUCGUUCAACAUUCGCACUGGCGGUGUCGAUGAUUUGUGCUUCGGCUUGGUUUGUUUCCAUGGGGGUAUGUUCGACGGGUGUCACAGCCCUCUUGAUACAAUCGGCCCAAGAAUCGCUUGUAGUUUUCAAUCGAGACCACCAGCUCCUCGAGCAUUCGAUCGAGGAGCUCAAGAUGGGGACAGCGGCAGCGAAACAGGAGCUUUAUCUCAGCCAAUCUUCGUGCCUUCUUGAGCGCACAACACAUUUCGAGAUCUUUCAGUCUCCUACUGGAGGGGGUAUGCUGAACGAAGUUGACCUCGACCUUGACUUUGAUUGA